UAUGAAAAAAAAAAAGAUUUACCCGUGAGAUAGAUAGACAACCAGGCUAAAUUCCACGGCCUUCAAAAACCCUAAUAGCACUUCCCCAUCUCGCUCGCUCGCUCUUUCUCACUUGCCUCUCGUCGCCUCUUUCAGCUCUAGCGCUUAACGCCUAUCUGAAAUCGGAGCUUCUCAUUUCCUUUUUCAGCCAUGGCUCUCAUAUUGUAUGCUGGCAAGACAAACAAAAAUGCAUACAAGACACUGAUAGCUGCAGAAUACUCUGGUGUGGAUGUCAAGCUUGCUGAGAAUUUUGAGAUGGGUGUUACCAACAAGACUCCUGAGUUUCUCAAAAUGAACCCAAUUGGAAAGGUCCCUGUCUUGGAGACUCCUGAAGGUCCCGUCUGUGAGAGCAAUGCGAUUGCACGUUAUGUUACUCGCCUGAAGGCUGACAAUCAUCUAUAUGGUUCAUCGUUGAUUGAAUAUGCCCGUAUUGAGCAGUGGAUAGAUUUUGCGGCAACAGAGAUUGAUGCCGGUAUUUCAAAAUGGCUUUAUCCUAGAUUGGGAUAUCAACCGUACCUUCCUCCAGCUGAGGAGGCUGCGAUUUUUGCAUUGAAGAGAGCACUGGGUGCCCUGAACCUGCAUCUUACCUCAAACACCUACUUGGUUGGGCACUAUGUGACUCUUGCUGACAUCAUCAUGACAUGCAAUCUUCACACAGGAUUUUCAUUUGUCAUGACCAAGAGCUUUACCUCAGAGUUCCCUCAUGUUGAGAGAUACUUCUGGACCAUGGUUAAUCAACCAAAUGUCAAGAAGGUGGUGGGUGAAGUUAAGCAGGCUGAAUCAGUUGUGCCAGUUACAAAGAAACCUUCCCAGCCAAAAGAACCUGCUAAAUCAAAGCCCAAGGAUGAACCAAGAAAAGAAGUCAAGGAAAAAGAGCCAGCAAAGCCCAAAGCUGAACCUGCUGCAGAAGAGGAAGAAGCACCAAAGCCGAAACCCAAAAAUCCUCUUGAUUUGCUGCCUCCAAGCAAGAUGAUAUUGGAUGAUUGGAAGAGGCUCUACUCUAACACCAAGACUAACUUUCGUGAGGUUGCUAUCAAAGGAUUCUGGGAAAUGUAUGAUCCCGAGGGAUACUCCCUGUGGUUCUGUGACUACAAGUACAACGAUGAGAAUACCGUGUCAUUUGUCACUCUGAACAAGGUCGGUGGAUUUCUUCAAAGGAUGGAUCUGGCUCGCAAGUAUGCAUUUGGGAAGAUGCUUGUAAUCGGCUCAGAGCCUCCAUUCAAGGUCAAGGGGCUGUGGCUUUUCCGCGGGCAAGAAAUUCCUCAGUUUGUCAUUGAUGAGUGCUAUGAUAUGGAGCUGUAUGAAUGGACCAAGGUUGACAUCUCAGACGAAGCUCAAAAGGAGCGCGUCAGUCAGAUGAUCGAAGAUUACGAGCCUUUUGAGGGGGAUGCCCUUUUGGAUGCCAAGUGCUUCAAGUGAAACAACUGUAAUCCGUCAAGGCCAUGUUUGUGGCCGCAACCCGUUUUUGGUAGUGAGUUUGUCUCUUGUUUCAGACAUACUGAAGUCUAGACAUUUAAUGAUUUGGACAAUAUAGUGUUAAAGUUUUUUUUUGCA